AUGGACCUCUUUCAACGCCUCGACGAAGAUAUUACAAACAUCAUCAUUGAACAUGGUUUCCUCAACCUCGACACGUUGCGCUUUGCGACGGAACGGGAGGUCGAGCGUGCUGCCGUUAGGGCGCUCGAGAUGGCUACCCCGGAUCAGCAGCUCGCUAUUGCCAUGAGACAGAGUGUCAUGGGAACAGAAGGCGACGACGCCAUUAUUCACGAAGAUGAGAACGAGGCCAACGAUAACGAUGCCAACAAUAACGCCGGUAACGUUGUCAUGGAGGCGCAGAAACCUCAGACGCUGAAGAAGACAAUGACAUCAACAACGACGACAGAACGGAAUGCGUCGUCUGCUUCACGGCACGACAACCCCUCCACCGCCUCCCCUGCGGCUGCCGAAUGUGCCCCCGCUGCCUCCGGCGCUGUCUCCGCGCGGGAUUACGCCCAGGAGGCUGGCCGCCGCGGUGCUGUCAGCCCCUACAACCAGAAAACGUCGAGCAGGCCGCCGGCGAGGGACGGCCGCGGCUGGUGA